UAUAUUCCAAGAUUACCACUGUUGACGAAAAUUGUUGGUUUAUUCGGUCUCUUGAGAGCAUAAUCCUUAGUGAAGACGAAACUUCAUUACAAAAAGCAGAUAUCAAAGUGUACAUAGCUACUGCCUUUAUUUAUAUGAUUUCCACAUCUCACCAGGCUAGUCGUGACGCGUAUGAUGCUCUUAAGACUUGCGUCCAAAUAAACCCAAAUUUUGUAGGGGAAAUGGUUCGGGAAGGAUUAACUAAUUGGGUACUUAACCUUGAAAAGAAUAUCAAAGACUCUACAGCAAUUUUAGCUUCUGCAAUUGCACAUCCCGAUCCUGCCAUUAAUGCGUAUAGACUCUCAAAAGUGCUCACUGCCAUUACAACCUUUUCUGAGAAAGUUGACAGAUCGGAUGUAGAAAAAUCGCUUGUUGAACUAAUAAUUUUAUCUCAUCAUUCCGCAAUUGCGUCUCCUACCGAUAAGUAUAAUUGGAUAACUUUAGCACAAAGAGCAAAAGUUGACCCCGGAAAGUUAAUUGAAAAGUAUUCUGGACGUAUCCUACAAUUAAUACAAUCGGCGAUUGAAAAUAAUAGUGAAUCAAAAGAUUUUUAUCAAGCCGCCUUGUCAACGAUAUCAACUGUUACUUUUAUUUCACCUGAAAAAUUCUUACCAUUGCUGAUUAUUCAAUGUCGUAAAUAUUUGGAUCCUUGUUUGUUUGAAAAAAUAAGUGAGCAAGAGAUAGGAAUAUGGAGAACUGCAGAAGGGACCUUAUUUGUCGAUGUGCUCAAAAAUAAGAAACAAGUUGUUGAAAAUCGCAAUAAAAAAGGUUAUCAAACUGAAAAGUGGGAACGUGAAGUACGUGAAAAAAUAGCCCAAAAGAAAGGCAUAUCGACGCCUAAACUAACGAAGGAAGAGCAAGCUGCAGUAAGUGCCCAACUGGCAAAAGAAUCUGAAACGCGUAAAGCUGUUGAGAAUGUUCGUCUAAAAUUAAUAAAAGGUCUUGAUAUUGUGGGUGCAAUGGUGAAAGGAAACUCAGAAGCAGUCGAACAAUAUAUUGUAGAGUUAAUGAAAUUAUUGUAUAACGUUUUACAAAAAUGUGUCCCUUUGAUCGGAGAAAAAGCAGUUAAUACAUAUUUAGAUAUUAGUCUUUGUACAUCUGAAAAGAUUGAAAGCAUUCGCAUUCCAAUUGGCUUAGCGACUCUCCGUGUUAUGGAAGUCCAAGGAAUUCCGGAAAAAUGGCUUCAAGAAUCAUUAGAUCUUCUUGUUUCACGUGUACUAUUCCGUCUUCGUAUCAUAACAGAGCGCUCACUGAUAACACCUUCGUCAUUUGCUUAUU